CGGGGAGGGAAAGGCAUUGCAGACAAGGCAAGCAGCUUUCCCUGAGGAUUUAGGGUUGUAUGAUCCAGGGGGAGGAGGCCCAGUCCCGCUACCCACUACAACCAACCCAAGAGCUGGGAGAUGAGAACCAGACUUGACUUCAACCAUGACAGACUCUCCACCCUAGGAGCUCCAAUUCAAAAGCUGGAGGAAAAGACCAGCCACUCAUGUUUUCAGCUUGGACUGUCCUUGGCAACUCAUGGGGGCAGAGGCCACAGCAGGGAGGGGCUUGAGCUGAAGGUGUUGUUCAAGGGAGAAAAUAGGCCAGUCCUUAUGGAAGGAGACGCUCAGAGUGGAGGGGUCCUGGGGAUCAUUCAGGCCAGUGGUUCUUAAUCUUUUGGGAAUCUUAGAUUCCCUGAGGAGAAGGUGAAAGCUCUAGACUCUCCCCCGGAAAAUGCUGAUCCUCCAACAUUUUAUACAGUUUCAGGGGAUUCAUGAACUCCUUGAAGUUCGCCUGCAAGCUCAAGGUGAAGGAUCCCUAAAUAAAUAAAUAGGUAGAUAGAUAGGUACAAACUAUGUAUUGUGCCCUUACUCUGUCCAGCUCUUUACAUGUGUUAACUCAUUUAAUCCUCAAAAGAACUCUAAGAGAUAUACAAUUAUUGCCCCCAUUCUAACCUGACUCCCUGUGCCAACCUAAUCUACUCCAAUUCUGCCAAUCCAGAAAGAAGGAAACCAAAGUCCCUCCAGAGACGGAUUGGUCUCUGCCCAACGUUGCAGAACAGGAAGAAAAGGGCAAGACCGGGAUGAGAACCGGUCUUUCUCCACGUGCUAGACAUUGUGUCAUGCACAGAUUUGGAGUCAUCUGGUCCAUCCCUCCGUCCCCAGGCUCCCAAGAGCCUAGCACCCGUUUUCACUUAUUCGGCUGUGCCAUUAAGAGGCACCGGUAGUUCUGUUAUGACUUGACGUCCAGGGAGCCCUUCUGGCUGUGACUGCUACUUACCCUCCUACAGCGCCUUGCCCCUGGCUCUGCCCACCCCUCGUAUCUGCCCUCUGACUCGGCUAUGGGAUAAUGUUCCUUCUUCUCCAGAAGCUAGCCCGGCUACUCCUGUCCUGUCCCCAGUCACUGCAGUGGGAGUUGUCAGCACGGAGGCAAUGACUCAGGCUUAGUUCAUGAAAGACUGCUCUGAAACGAAGGCUGCAGGCCAGAAAGGACAUCCAGAGGUCAUGGGAUCCAGCCCCCUGCCUCCUCUGUAUUUGCCGCAUCUUGGGCUUCUGAUGCCUAGACCAGAUGGACCCCAGGGCCCACCAGCUUCCCUGGCUUUCCUGGGUUACUGGGAGUACUGCUUCCCCUGGGAAUUCUCCUCCCCAACCCCCCCAGAAUCUCCUUUGGAGUUGGAUCCCCCAUGAAUUAACAGGAAAGUGAGAGGAGAAAACCAUUUCUUCUCUCUGCCCCUGGGAAAACACUGGGAAGGGACCAGUCUCUCUGAAGAAAGGAGGGAAAGAAGAAACCAACUUUCCCUGCCGUCUUCCCUGGGCUAAGGAGAGCUGCCUCAGUCGUUCUCCUCGCAGUGAGGUAGGCACUGCCUCCGUGUUGCUGAUGAAGAAAUCAAGGCUCUAAAAGUUUCAGCUACCUACCCGAGGCCUCACAAUUAAUUCGCGAUUAUAUAGGUAUUAAGAGUCUAAGAAACUCAGUAUCUCUGCUCUUUGGGUGGAAACAAGGGUCCUCUCAGGAGGUCUCCAACACAGAAGAGGUCCCUGUUUGCUCCAGCCCAGGCUAGAUGACGGUGUGAUGACCCUAUCUCAGGGUGAUUCAAGCACCCCGAAAUCCGAGUGUCCGGGGAGUGUUGUUGGGCUAAUCUGGGCUGGGCCAGAGGGAAGACGGCCCCCCUCACCUCCGAGGGCAUUGGCAGAAGGCUGGCUAAUGAAUGGGUCUUUGGUCUGAGGGCUGAGGCCAGGAUCCUUCGAAGCUCCUUUCAGGAAAGCAGCACUCAGAGUCAGUCUGCAGCUGAUGUGGGUGGAUCUGGAGGGGGAGGGGACUAAGCCCCCACAACCACAAACCCUCACUUCUGCCCUUGUCCUACUUCUGCCACUGACAAAUAAAUCUCUGUUCCUGCACAGAGUAACCUGAGCAGUGCUCCAAUGGUGAGCUCACUCUUGGGAGGACAGAGAUUGCAUGAAUGGCUAUGUGCAGGGGCCGGCAGGAGAGAGGACACAGGAUUCAGCCUCUGUUCCCCAGCCUGGCAUAAAGGCAGAACCCUCUUGGGUGCUACCCCCUCCACCCCCAUCUCAUCAUCCACAGCAGAGGAGCCCCUGGAGGAGGGAGACUUUGAUCCAGAAGUUUCUCCACCCACACCGAAGGAAGGAUUCCUUCAACCCCCAACCUACCUCCCUUUUCUUUGGACAGGCCAGGAGAUAAAGCUAGACCUUUUGGUCAGGGCCAAAAGGAGCAGGAAGAGAGAGGGCUGGUGGUGAGGGAAGACGACUUGGGGGAAAUGGCAGCAUUCUCUGCAGACCCUCGGUCCUCGUUCCCGGGAUCGUCCGGCUCCCGCGGCUCCGUGUAAUUACCCCCCUUCACUGGCCAACCCGGGAACUUUCUCCGCCCGCUCCCGGCAGUGGGGGGUCACUUUGCCUGGGCGGAUUUUUCCUGGGGUUCACUGGGGGGCAGUCUCUGGAGAAGGGCCUCAGAGUCCCAGAGAGACGUCUGUCACCUGCAACCUGCCCCCAGCGGGCCUGCCGUCGGGUCUUGGCAUCCUCUCUUCCCCUGUCCCCCAACCAUGACCGAAAUGAGCGAGAAGGAGAACGAACCGGAUGACGCGGCCACCCACACCCCCCCGGGGACCAUCUCUGCCCUCCAGGAAACCAAGCUGCAGCGGUUCAAGCGCUCGCUUUCCCUCAAGACCAUCCUCCGAAGUAAGAGUGUGGAGAACUUCUUCCUUCGCUCGGGCUCUGAGCUCAAGUGCCCCACUGAGGUGCUGCUGACCCCCCCAACCCCGCUGCCCCCUCCCUCCCCACCACCGGCAUCUACAGACGGGGGCCUCCCGACCCCAGCCCCCUCCCCCUGCCCCAUCCCACGGCCCCUGGCACCACUCAAACCAGUAAGACUGCACAGCUUCCAGGAACACAUCUUCAAGAGAGCCAGCCCCUGUGAGCUCUGCCACCAGCUCAUUGUGGGAAACUCCAAGCAGGGCUUGCGGUGUAAGGCGUGCAAGGUCAGCGUCCAUCUCUGGUGCUCCGAGGAGAUCUCCCGCCAGCAAUGCCCAGGCAAGGUGUCCUCCUCCUUCCGUCGCAACUUCAGCUCCCCGCUCCUCGUGCAUGAGCCACCCCCAGCCUGUGUCACAAGCAAAGAGUCCCCACCCACUGGGGCCGGCGGGAAGGUAGACCCCGUCUACGAGACCCUGCGCUAUGGCACCUCCCUGGCUCUGAUGAACCGCUCCAGCUUCAGCAGUACCUCGGAGUCCCCCACGCGGAGCCUGAGUGAGCGGGAGGAGCUGACUGAGGAUGGGGAAGGCAGCAUCCGCAGCUCAGAGGAGGGCCCUGGAGACAGUGUAUUCACAGCCCCGGCCGAGAGUGAAGGGUCAGGAGCGGAGGAGAAGAGCCCCGGACAACAGGUGGGUGAGAGCAUGGUGAGUGGGAGUGUCACUGCUCCGUCAUUUAUCCUCAGUCUACGGGGAUGGGCAAUGCCAGGCCCCCCAAACCCCCCCUGCGAAAGGACGUGGGGCCCAUGUACUCCUAUGUCGCGCUCUACAAGUUUCUGCCCCAAGAAAACAAUGACCUGGCUCUGCAGGAGUGUCUGUGUACCAGUGGUCACAGUGUCCUCUGACAGCAUCAAGAAUCCUCCCCCAGCUGCAGGGGUGUGUGUGCUGGGGAUCUGGGGGCCCCAGAUGGUUAAGAUGUGGAAAGGGCAGGUCCCUCCUGUCCAUCUGCAACCCCAGCUCUGUCCUCCCAGGCCUGGGGACCGGAUCAUGCUGGUGGAUGACUCUAACGAGGACUGGUGGAAGGGCAAGAUUGGCGACCGGGUUGGCUUCUUCCCAGCCAAUUUUGUGCAGAGAGUCAGGCCAGGCGAGAACGUUUGGCGCUGCUGCCAUCCCUUCUCUGGUAACAAGGAACAGGGGUACAUGAGCCUCAAGGAGAACCAGGUGAGUGCCUGGGCCCUGCAGUGGCCGGAGAGGUGGGCAUGGGAGAGAGGCGGCAGGGGCGGCGAAUGCCCUGGAAGAGGACACUUGCAGCCUGGCAGCGGGAGGGAAGGAGGGUUAGAAAGGUGGGGCCGCAGGGCCCUCCUGUCAUCUCCUGCCGGCAAUCUGGGGCUGGUGGUCAACACAGGCAGGGGACUGAAUUUGGUUAGAGACAGCUUGGCGGAGGGGAAGAGCACUGGAUGAGGAGUCUGGAGGCUUGGGUUUGAAUGUCGGCUAUGCCUCCGGCUUGUUGUGUAAGCUCCAGCAAACCCUUUCCCUCCCCUUACCUCCUCUGUGAAAUGGGAGUUGAGCCGGGGCAUUAGGCCAGCUGAUCUCCAAGGUCAGCCCCCAAAGUGCCGGUCAGCGUCUGCUGAUGUCCUCAUCUUGUUGCCGUGCCCAGUACCCUCAUGGGAUCUGCUCCCAUCACCCCAGCUGAUGUCUCCAACCACAUCUCAUCCUGGUCCCAUCAUUCCCUGGGGUGGCCCCCUGGGAGCCAUUGGCAGGACUCGGGGCCAGGGCUGUAGGCAGAGCCAGGACUCAGCUCCAUGUCUCUCCUCCUCAGAUCUGUGUGGGCGUGGGCAGGAGCAAGGAUGCUGACGGCUUCAUCCGCGUCAGCAGCGGCAAGAAGCGGGGCUUGGUGCCAGCCGACGCCCUGACCGAGAUCUGAGAGGAGCCAAGAGAACCCAGAUGCCACCCCUGCCCAUGCCUGGCCCUUGCUUCUGGCCCCAGAGGGGACAGGCACCAGCCCACACUCUUCUGCCCUCUGCCUCGCUCCUAGGGGUUGCUCCCCGGGACUUGGGACCCUUCUGCACUGAGGAAGGUUUUAUUUCGUGGGUCCCAAGGUGCCCUGAGGGAGUUGCUCCUCUGGGACUUAGGGAUGAGGAAGGAGGAGAAAGUGGGAGGGAAUGGGGAAGCUCCAGGUAGGUCCAGCCAAUGCCCGGACACCCCCAGUUGCCGCGCUGAGUGCAGCCCUGGGGAGGGGGGUGUUCCUGGGGAACUUUCCUGCUGCUUUAUCCAGAGAGCCUUCCCACGUCCACACUACCUUUGCAUGCCCGACACCUUUCCCCUCUCCCCCACAGAGCCCCUGCUUGGGACUAGGUGUGUGAACCUGCGGCUGCCCCUUUGGAAGGAAGUGGGGCCUUGGGAAGGCACCUUCCCUCCGCCCGGGGUUGGGAGGCCAUUCAGGGCUGCAGGAGGAUCCUGAGGCCACCUCCUGGUUUCACCACCUCUGUCACUCCAUCAAUUCUCAGGAAAGUUCUGCGGGAAUCUCUGCCAUUACUUGAAACCCGGACAGACCGAGGAGGGGAGGGCCGAGUUCUGGGGAAAACAUGGUCCAUCAGAGACUGUCUCCUCAAGGAGAACAGUCCCCACAUAGCAGCCUCAUGGUACCCUUGUACACUGGAGAGGGACACUCCAGAGCAGCCUGCAGGAAACCGGCUGAGAACAAAAACCGAGUCUGUGCUUGGUCAGAAGCCCCAUUUCACUGUCAGGACUCUGGAAGUCCCCGGAGGCGGGCCGACCAGCCAGGGGAGCUGUGCUUACUUCCUGUCCCAGGUCUCACAAGGCCCGCCCCGGGAGCCCCAACUUUGGGGCCCGCCUCGCCUUGGCCCUUCCUCACCCCCUUCCUCUGAGUGUUGCAGGAAACACUGGGACCCCUCCUUCAGUGCAGGGGUCACUCUUCUAGCUGUAUCUGCAUCCUUAUCCUGGACACAGAGUCCUGGGAGGAAGAGGAAGUGGGAGAUGGUCAAGGCAGGCAAAUCAUUCUGUUUGGCCACCAGGAAAGGAAGCGGGUAGGCACCCUGGGGGUAGGGUGGGCACACACGAAGAGGACCCCUCCCUUGCAGGUCGCUUUUUUCUGGUGCCAACUUCCCUCUCCCUCCAAGCUCAGAGCCUCCUUUCGUGCCCUUGAUCGUGCCAGCCAAUGCCAGCCCCCAUCCUGGGCACAGUCACACCCUCCCAUCCAGUGGGAGGGACACAUGCUCCUACCCACUGGCCCCUGCACCACUUCACCCGUUGGAGAGGAGCUCAAGCCACACUGCCCUGUUUGCUGCCACGGGGCCCCCCCCCAGCAAUAUCCCAGGGGCGGGCCCAAUGCCCACUGUACAUGAGGCUGCAUGAUGGGUCUGCUGGGGCAUUGCUGAGCUCCCAGACCCUUAAAUAAAUGUUUCUUGUCC